AUGUCGGGUUCUUUUAUCAUCGCCGCCAUGAAGAAGGUGGUUCAGCAGCUCUGGCUGGAGGCCAGGUUCAACCGUGUGAAGGUUUCCCAGGCAGCUGCAGACUUGAAACAGUUCUGUCUACAGAAUGCUCAACAUUACUCUCUGCUGACUGGAGUGUCUUCAAGUACAAAUCCCUUCAGAGCCCAGAAAGUCUGCUCCCUUCUGUAG